UUAAGCACCUCCCCCGCUGACAUUGGAGCCGUCGACGAGGAAGACACAGCAGAGCGAUUUGUGUUCCAAGCGUUCUCGAUCUGAACAAAUUUAGUUAGCCAUGGAUGAUUUUGAUAUGCUGAGUGCCCCACAGGGAAACGGGGGAAACGGCGUGGGGGCGGACGAAGACCCAGCGGCGGCGUUUCUGGCCCAGCAAGAGAGCGAGAUCGCGGGCAUUGAAAAUGACGAGGGCUUCAGCAUCCUGGACAGCGGAGAUGUGCCUUCAUCCCUGAGCCAGGACUUGGACGGUGGAGCAAUUAAUGGAGAUCUGCAUGGGGAGAGUAAUGGUCCUUCAGAUGUUUACGCUGCCAUCUCAAGUGUAGACCGAUUACAGGCCGAGCCAGAGAGCUUGAGGAAGUGGAGAGAGGAGCAACAGGAACGACUGGAGCAGCUCGAUGCUAACUCGCGUAAGCAGGAGGUGGAGUGGAAGGAGAAGGCAAAGCUGGAGCUGGAGGAGUGGCACACCAGGCAGAACGAACAGCUGGAGAAGACCAAAGUCAACAACAGGGUGCUGGAUGAAGAUUUCUACAAACAACCCUUCGCUGAUCUGAUUGGUUAUGUCACUCACAUUAACCAUCCUUGCUACCGCCUAGACCAGGCGGCCGAGGAAGCCAUGGUGUCGGAGCUGGAUGAGAACAGUCCCGGCACGGAAUGGGAGCGCGUGGCGCGUCUCUGCGACUUUAACCCCAAGUCUAGCAAGCAGGCGAAGGACGUCUCCCGCAUGCGCUCCGUCCUCAUCUCUCUCAAACAGACCCCGCUGGUCCGCUAAGCUCCACCUCUCACCGAAUCACAGCUAGCGGGUCUCACGACAUCGAUUUCUGUGUUUGUGAAUUCGUACUGCUGUGGUCCCAGAUCGAAUUCCAUAUAUAAAUAAUCUAUAUUAUAUUAUUACAUAAUAUGAUAUGGGUGUAUCUAUAUAUGUUUAUAUAUACAUAUAUAUUUCAUCUAUAAAUAUAUACAUAUAUAACGAUGUUCAGAUUGUUUUUAUUUUUGGUGUCUAUUUUAAGGACCAAACUCCACAAUGUGUUCAUUUUUCCGUUUAGAGACCGUGUGUGGUAUUGUGACACUAUCGAUCUAUGCAUUUCCCUUCUAUUCUGUCGGGGAAUAAAGUACUAACUGUCUUGUGUUUGUUGUAUACAGAUGGUGGAUAUAUCCUAUGUGUGUGUGACUAUGUACAUAAAGAUCGGUCCUCCGUACAUUUCAGUGUGUGAGAUAAUGGCACAAGUUUUCAAAGAUCAGAGUUGUACCACAGUAAACGCUGACCCGUGUUGUCCAUUCUGUUUCAGUAUGAAUAAACUCAUGUGAAAUGUUAA